GAUAUUUUUAGUUAAUCUAGUUGGCUUACAUUUAUGUAUUUUUACCUUGAUUUCAUAAUUAUUAAUAUUCAAUUAUUAAAAUGGAAGACGAAAUGCGCUCGUUUAUUAUUAACGUUCCGAAACCCAUAGUUUAUGCUAGAAAAUCGGAUCCUAUAACGUGUACGGUUCGCCCAAAACCAAAGUUGUCAGUCUACGUAAGCAAAAGAAAGCCGUCUAAUAUUUCAUUACAAAAGUAUUGUUUACCCGGAAGUAAGCCUUUGUCUGUGAAGAAGUUGGAGAAUGAUGUACUGUUGUUACCAUACAGGCUGUUUUCAAAGAGACAAGAAUCUGAAAGACAUAAGACAAGAUUAGCAAUAAACAUUUAUGAUAAAUAUAAAAUUGCUAGCACAGACCUGCGGAGGCGCUUGCACGUAGAAUCUCCCCCUAACGAAGUCCAAGGAUUGACUGAUAUUGAUCCAAAAUUCUUUGAGUAUGUAAAUGGAAGGGCGUUGUCCAAUUAUAUCCCACUUUAUAAAUCACUCGGCCCUUCAUUAAAUUGUCUAUUUAAAAUUCGACAUCAUACUAGUUUUAUAAAAGAUUGCGUUUUGAGAAUCGAAUCUAAUAUGAGAAAAGAAUUGCAAACAUUUGAAAUCAGCAUACAGAGAUGUAAGGAACAAGCACAAUAUUUUGACUCGUUUAUAUCCGAAGACUAUCUCAAGUCAAUGGUCUUUUUAAGAAAGUGGGAUGAACUCAAAAUGAAGCUAAACUCAAAGGAAGCUGAAGUGCAAAGUCUCGCGAAUGAUAAGUUCUACAUUAUGUCAAGACUGAUAGGUUUAGAUUACAGAUACAGUGUGCAGCAGAAGUACGGAAGACUGCUCUAUUAUCUAUCUCCGCCUACAUGGCGAGCGAAUCACAGAGACUUUGCUAGAUCGGUCGAGAUAGAGAGGAAAGGGUUUGAUUUAGGAUAUUCUACUGAUGAUGAUCCAUUUACUGUGAUAUUUGAGAAAUUAAAACAAGAAAGCCUGGGAAAUCCUAUCGCCCCGGUUCUUUACUUCCAGCGGCCGAAAGAUUUGAUGGAUAUGUUCGAGUCUAUUGAAAAGCAGCAACUGAAUUAUUUGACGUACGUUAUUUACAGCUCACCUUACGUGAGGACCCUAAAGAAAGAAUUAGUGUCAUUGAAAUCGUUGAUCCAACAAAGUAGUGUCUCAGUUGUUAACGCUAUUAAAGAAUUCGAAGACAUGCUGGAGAGAGAAAAUACGAGAUGCAACAUAAUCGAGGCAAAGUUCCACAAUAUCCUCAGAGGAAUGUUUUACGAGAGCGUUGGAUCUUUGGAAGUAUUGAAAAUGGGACUACAUUUAGAAUAUUGCUAUGAAAAGGUACUGAACGAAAAACCAAUGAACACUGACUUAGUAUCCCUUGCUAAAGUUUUAGAGUCAAGUUAUAUGGAUUAUUGGAAACGUUUGGAUGAAUUAUGUAGUGAUGACAUAAAAAAGGGUGUUCAACGUUAUAUUGAAAUGGAACGGACUAAAAUGAGGAAGGCAAGGUGUGCUGCUAGAGAGUUACGUCUUUUUAGAAGGCUGGAAAAGGAGUUAAGGCGCACUUGCUUGCCAAAAGAUAGCCCGGACUUUAUAUUGCCACCAACAGCCAAACUAAAGCAGAGAACAAAAUCUAGAAUGAGCCAGGCACCGCGGCCUCGCACCGUGACAGAAGCAUCCCGAGAGUCUCUCACAGAGGCCCAGCUCGAAUACUUGGCUCUGUUCACAGAUUGGACAGCAAAUGAAGAUCCAGCUAACUAUUUACAAGCGCUUAGCGAAAAUAAGCAGAAAAGGUCAGAAACUAAAUUUUAAUUAAU